AUGUCUUUCAGCGCAACCGGUGUGCCAAAACCACUACAAUCACGGCCCAAAAAGUCGCCAAUCCAACUACUCCGCUCAGCUUCUUCACCUUUCGGCAACCAUCCUCGACGCAAAGCCGCAACUACACCACAAGCCGGAGUCAAGAGAUCUCAGUCCGAAGCGAACACCAGCACCGAACAACCUCUAGACAAUACUGGCAUUGUCACGACAUUACCACCACCGAAAGUACCUCAAGAUGUGGUUAGCCUUAUUCGAUAUAUCCAAGAGCACACAUGGACCGAGAUACCAGAAAGAGCAGCGGGAAUGAACAGCACACGAAUAGCCGAAGUCCUCAACUUCCGAAAGAACAUGCCGCCCAUAGUCUCCAUAGCACAUCUACACGCAGUAUCUACCUCGACCACAGCCAUCGAGCGCCAACUCGCAACCCUGAUCCACUCCGGCAUCCUCUAUCUCAAGACCUAA